AUGCGAUUGCUCAACUAUCUACCGCUGUUGCCCGCGGUGCUGGCUAACCCGCUCAAUGUCCGGUCCACCGCCUGCAACAAUUCCCCCGACCUCUGCGACAAAUCCUACGGCGAGAUUACGCAUCUGGGUGCCCAUGACAGCCCCUUUGUGCGCAGCUCGGAUAGUGUCCUGGCUGGUGACCAGUACUACGAUACCCCUACCCAGUUGAGCGCCGGUGUCCGCCUCGUUACCGCACAGGUACACAAGGAUAACAAUGAAUGGCGCCUAUGUCAUUCAUACUGCUCCUUGCUCGAUGCAGGGCUGUUGAGUGACUGGCUGGCCAAGAUCAAGUCAUGGCUAGAUGAACAUCCCAAUGAAGUCGUCACAAUCCUCCUGGUCAACUCCGACAGUGCCUCAGCCUCUGAACUCGGCGCUGAAUUCAAGACCGCCAACAUCACAAACUACGCGUACGAGCCCGACUCACUCACAACCGCGCCCUCCUCCUGGCCAACCCUCCAAACGAUGAUCGACUCCGGCAAACGUCUCGUCGUCUUCGCCACCCCUUUGACCACCAGCACGGAUUAUCCCUACCUAAUGUCGGAAUUCGACUUCGUAUGGGAGAACAACUACGACGUGACAUCGCCCUCAAACUUCACCUGCGAACCCGACCGACCAACCUCCCUCUCGGGCUCCAUCUCCACCGCCCUAUCCUCCAACCGCCUCCCCCUGAUGAACCACUUCCUAUACUCCACCGAUCUGGCGAUCCUGGACAUCGAGUACUCCAACGCAAGCUACGCGUCGACCACGAACGCGCCCUCCGGCGGCACUGGUAACCUCGGCAGCACUGCGACGAAGUGCAAGGCUGCCUACGGUGGCCGCCAACCUACCUUCAUCCUGGUGGAUUUCUUCAACAAGGGACCUGCAUUGGAUACGGUGGAUAGUCUGAACAAUGUGACCAAUGCGGUGGGACGGACUUCGGUUUCUUCAUCGUCGACUUCCUCGAGUGACGGGUCUACUAUCAAUAACGUGUUCAAGGGGCUCGUUGAGCUGGCCAGCUCAGCCAAGUCCGGCGCUAGCACGAGUAUGGGGGAUUGGGUCUGGGCUGGGGGAAACUGGAAUAGUAUCCUGGGCGGAGGUAUUUCCUUCUAA